UUCGGAGAGAAAAAUUCGUCUGUCCGUGAAAAGGUCAAAGGUCGAUGAGAUCAGCUGUCAAAUUCUGUGACAGGAAAAAGAAGAAACUAGUCGCCAAACUCUGAAUGUGGAUAUCCCGGGGAUAAUAUUUACUUUUUAUGAAUUUAAGAAAAAUUGUGCCGACUCGCUUCGUUCAUUUAAUAAAACCCGAAAAUUUAGCGAAGACCAAAGUCACGUGACCUUGGAAGUUUUUCGUAAACAAGAACGGAAAAGGCGAACAGAUGGAGGGAUAAAACUUCGCGUGAAAUUUCCAUAAAAGGAGACGAUUAUCAUCGCGAAAUCGUCGGAAGAUGUAGUGUUAAUGUCCGUCUGUCUGUCUGUGCACACGAUGUCGUAGCAAGCGAGGAUUUGGGGUGAAAUAUGAAGCCAGAGACAGGAUCGCCAGACAUGGAGGAAUGCGUUUGGGACCCAGUGAUGUUCUUUGUGGAUGUUGGAAUUCUGAUUGUUGAAGCAAGGACCCCUGACCUUUCACCCAAAGGUCGAAGCGAGGGUCUUCACUGCCCCCCAGCACAGACAGGUCGAGGGGUCAAGGUGAAGCCCAGUCACCUCUGUGAUCUACACAGAGAACAGUGCCGUCGAGCAGACCAGAUGAAGUCCCAGAUCCUGGGUCUCUCUCGGAAUCACAUUCCACUAAACAUUGAUGUGAUGCUGUUGCCAGACUGUGAUCAUGGUCGUCUGGAGGCUUGUUCUGUAGAUGGGAGUGGGGUGGGAUCUAAUGAUGACUUGAUUCUACUGGAGAGAUGGGAAAUUUUACUACAGCAGAAGAGGAGUGAACGAGUCGACCCGGGAAGUGUGACGGGGCGAUUCUUACUUCAGGCCCUCAGGUCUUAUCUCCAUUUCUCACAACUGAGUUCCUGGCUCAUCUCUCACCGGGGUCAUCUACCCCUGCAAAUUAUAUACAGGCUGUACUCCCCUGGCGAGACGGGGAUUCACGUAUUCACCUCUGACAGUGAGACACACAGCUUCCCCAUCGCAGAUCUCGGGACCGAGAUACUCAAAGUCUCAGUUAUCUCACUACCGAGACUUCCUGAGAUCCCCAUGCUUUUGUGUCAAGACUAUAAAAAUGUCUCCAUGAGGAAAAAACCUAGCCCUGAGAGGGAUCUGGGGUUAAAGGUCAAGUCUGAGUCAGGCAAACUAAAUACCAACAAGAUAUCAAGUGCAGCUGAACCAAAUGUUCAGCCCAGUCCAUGUGUACCGGAGGGAAAAUGGAGCAAGAAAACAGAAGAGUUACGGAGAACAUCCCCUGAGUUGUUUCAGGAUCAGGGGACCAGUUUAACCAAUCUUAAUCAAAGAACCAGAGUAGAAAACAUACAUCAGGAAAAAGGACUUUCUGGAGGUCAAGGUUUAGGAGCCAUUCCGAAAAAGAAAAACUUGAUGCAGAAGCCUGGUCCUGACUCUCUAGCCUCCAAACCACCAGUUGUCAAGAAACUUCAGGCUAAGAUGGGGGCUGACCAACCAUUCAGUCCAGAUAUGUCGGAACUAAAAAUGUCCUUCAAGACACGCCCACUGCCACUCUUACCUGAUGAUCCAACCAAUCAGAAAGACCCAGACUUCCUGAUUGCUAGGUUACCAAGUCCUAAAGUCCUGUUAUCAACAGCUGGAAAAUCUAAUCAGACAUUCUACAAAAAGCGCCAUUUAGACCUCAGUUCACCGGAAUCAUUCGAGGACCGUGUCCUGACCAGUAAGAUAUCGAGCUUCGUGAAGCCUCCAAAUUCCGAAGAUCUGGAGAGUUACCUAGCCAGCCUAACGUCACACCAACCAGAGAAAGGCACUGGAACCAGUCUAAGCAACAUUCCCACAAUGCAUUGUAAAUUCUUUGACGGAGAUGAAGCAAGUAAAAGUUCUUCUUCAAUGAAGUCACACAGAAAGACUAAACAGUGUCUCCAAGAAUCGUCCGCUUCACCAUCACUGGCUGAACAGGUUCAAAAGAAAUAUCCUGGAUAUGACUCAAAACAAACUCCACAGAAAUGGAACAAUAAAAGAUCAGGGACAUCUGUUAUCUGUGACCUUCAGUUCUCACCAGAAUCUCCCAGUACCUUACACACACAGAAAUCAUAUGAACAGAAACAUUCAAGAGACCAGUUAGAAACUGACAGUGUAUUACCGUCCAGUGAUUCUGUAGAAAAGUGUGAAAUUAAAGACAAGUAUACCUCAUCUCAAAGACUGGACACUGACAGAGAGUGGAGAAGAUUUCAGAGUCCAGAAAGACUGUCCCCAGAAUCCUCUAACACAUACUCAUUGUUUGAUGAUUUUGUCGAUGAUAUUUACAACAUUAAGCCCCAGUCCGGUAGCACACUACAGAGUAUACCCUGUGUUAAUAGUAGGGCCUAUGUCGACAACACAGAGAGCAAAAUUGUAGAUGCACAAAAUCCCAACUCAAAUUGUUUACAAAACAAAUCUGAUUUAGGAUUAACUCCAGACUUCCAUAAUAACUCUAAUCUGUACAGAUACUCAGAUUCUAAACCUAGUUUCAAGAAAAGCUUUUCUGAACCAGAGAUGCUGGGGAAGCAGUUGACAUUAUGUCAGUUGGAUGAAUUAAAACUUUCUCCCGACGAGAAUCUAUCAGAUCUAGACGCUGUGUUAUCGAAAUCAUUCCAUGACAUUUUAAGUCUCGACAAAUCGUCCAGUGACUCUACGCCCACCAAUAGUCUUUCAGAGUCCAACGGAUUCAAGCAUUAUUGUGAUACAGAUGUAGGUAUAAACUCAGACAGGAAUGUGACAAUUUCCUCCCCUUCAAAGUGUUCAAUGGACCAAGACAUAGCAACUCUAGCCAAUACUGUGAAUAACAAAUGUGAUGGAGAAAUAGACUCCAGAAAAACAAAGCCUGUUAAGUCUGCAAGUAGUGAAGCUGAGAGGAAUGGAUUUAUAGAAGGUGGAUCCAAUAGUGGUGGAUGUAAAAGGAGAGGGGACCUAGAGGAUGGAUCUAACAGGGGUGGAUCUCAGAAAAAUAAGUCUUCACUGUGUAAACUACUGCUGAGGAAAGAACUACAGCGGUCUUAUAACAAUGAUCCGUUGGAGACAAAAUUUCCAACUCAGGAGCAGGUGAACCACUUCCAAAGAAAUCUUCAGCAGUCGUCCAGUAUGGUAUUCAACUCUAGUACAGGUCUUCCAACUCGAUCUAGUCCAGCCCCUUUGAAGAGGAGGACGGUGGGAAGGUUUGACUACGACAACACUCUCGUCAACUCCAGGGCCAUCAAAAAUGCUCUCUCCUGUUCCAAACUGGCCUUGGAAUCUGAGAGUUCAAGGUCAUCUGUCACACCUGACCAGUCACGAACCCUAAGUACGUCUGCACCUGCCUCUACCAACUGCCUUCUGGGAAACUUUGAGGAGUCUGUGUUGAAUGGUCGGAUUGAGCCAAUAGGAGCAGUGGAGGGCUUUACCUGUGAUAUUGGAGCCGGGGGAUCAUUCUGUCCCAAACAUGUGUCACUUCCUGUCACGGCGUAUUUCUUCCAGCUGUCGGACGACAACGCCCCCUCACCUUAUCUCGGUCAUAUAAAUCUGGAGAGCUUGGGAAAGAAAGGCUACCAUAUACCAAAAUGUGGGACAGUGCAAGUUACCUUAUUUAACCCGAACAAGACGGUCAUCAAAAUGUUUGUCGUCUUGUAUGAUCUCAGUGAUAUGCCACCUCAGAGUCAAACAUUCCUACGACAGAGAACUGUGUACAUGCCAGUGGAAGACAACAGCUCUCAGCCAUCAUAUCUCAGAUACCUCAUACAUCUCAGGUUUGCCAGUUCCAAAUCUGGGAAGAUCUUUCUGCAUACAGACAUCCGUGUGUUGUUUGCAAGAGACAAGUUUGAAUUUGACCCAAAUGUUGCCAAAUAUGAACUCCGAUCAUUCACUGAGGCUCCUUCCAACCCCAAGUUCUCUCCACGGAGGUGAUGAUGGCCUUAACUAGGUCAAAUCUGGUGUAAACUAGGUCAGAUUUGGUAUAAACUAGGUCAAAUCUGGUUUUUAGGAAAACCGUUCUUUGAUUGUGGCCACGUAAAGACCAUAAGCUUGUUAAGUCUGUUAAUCUAACUCAGAUCUAGUUUAUUUUGUUGUUGACUGAUUUAUAAAUGGUUAAGGCUAAAACUAGGUCAUUGUAUCUAGGUCAUUCCUGGUCAUGUAUGAAUGUUAAAGUCUACAUGUGUAUCAUCUUUUUAAAAACUUUAUGUCAAAGAUUAUAAUCUGUGUGUGCUGGGUUGAUUUUUUUUAUUUAUGUAUGAGAGUCAGUGAGUGUUUGAUCCUUAUUGUUACCUGUAGGUAGGCUUAUUGAUUGACACCUGUCAUAUUAGAAUAUUAAGGAUGUACAGAAAUACUUUAACAGAAUUGUAAAUGUAAUACCGUAACUUCAAUAUUUGUAAUAUAUGUGAUAUCCUGUCCUCUUUAUGAAUUUGCUGAAAACAGAAAACACAUGAAUCCUAUCAAUACUGUAAACUUUUGUAUUGAAAAGGAAAGUAUCAGUUUUUGAGUAUUUAUCUGAAGAGAUUUAGAUUUCCUCAUUGUUCAAAAAAUAUGUACAAAAGUAACACAAGGAAAACCAUAUCUAAUCUCUCUAUUUCUGUCUCUCUCUCUUAUACACAAAAUGACAGUGUAGGUAUUGUUUAAUGAUGCCUUGUUUAUUAUGGAGUCUAUGUUGAUUUUGGUCUGAUUCAGAUUAUUUCAGUUUUAUUUAAGAUUUGAGUGUGUAGUUUUAUAGCUUAUUCUAAUAUUUAUUUGUUUAAGAUCACUAUGUAAUCAUUUUUUUCUGAUAUAAACUUGUGUAGAAAGAUAA